AUGGAUACGAUGAUUCACAAACAUAGCGCCCAAUGUAUUUACGUCGUCCCCGAGGGUCUGAAGGAAUUAAUGUCGGACAUAACUAGAGAAGUUUUGCGGACGCAACCGGAGAACCUCUACGUCUUCAUAGCCGACUACCUGGAGGCGCUGUUGUUGACCAGGGAAAACGCCCGAGUGGCCGCCAAACUGGUGCAAAGCAUCACCGAAAUAGCCGAAACCACUAUGGAGUUCCUCUCUAAAACCGGCAUGGGCAAGGAGUCCAUAGACAAGGCGAUAUCCAUAAUGAACCAGCACUUCAAAGAAAAAAUCCGCGAAGAGUCCAUCGCGACGCAGCACUACCAGAACGAUUUCGUCGACGAGGCCAACAUCAUCACCACCAUACUGGCAGAGGCGGCCAUCGACGACGAGUACGUGCAGGCCUCCACUUCCAUCAUCAAUAUGGCGUACAAGAAAUUCAAGCUGCGCAAAGAAGCUGAAAAGCAACUGCUCAGCGGCAUGAUUGAUUGGAGGAUAGCGGCGCGGAGCGCCAUCAAGCUCUACAGACAGACCGGAGUGACCAACGAGGAGGUCAACCGAGCCGCCACUCUAAUCAAAGCCGCCUACAAAGGCUACUACACCAGAAGAAUAAUGAAGAAGCUCACCGAGGAGCAGAAACUCCUGUCCGAAAUGCAAGCCGAUAAGAAUGUCGAAUCGUCCGAACCGAAACUAGGCGCUGUAGACAGCAAAUCGGUUACAAUCGACUACGAUUCGGUCAUACCCCACGUCGAUUUCGAUGACGCUGACGUGAAACUCGCAUCUCCAAUAGUCGAAUACAUAAUGGAUGUCAUAUUGGAGAAGGUCGUUCUAUCCGAGAAAAAAUCCGCCAAGAAAAAAUCCAAACCCGGCAGGAAACCGCAGAAACCCAAAUCGGCGCCGGGUGGAGUAUCGGAUACCAAGCGCCCCUCCGUCGCCUCCAAGGCGUCCUCUCAAGCCUCCAAGCGCACUUCGGUCUCCACAGCAGCCAGUCACGCCGACAAGCGAUCCGCGGCUUCGGCUCGCAGCAGCGCAGCCUCCCAACUAACCUCCAGAUCGAAAAAAUCGGAGAAAUCAGAAAAAUCGGAGAAAUCGGCGAGAUCACAUGCCAGCCAGCGCAGCUCGGUUACAGCGUCAGCGCGAAGCAGUCGCAUGUCCGAGCGCAGCAGUCGCUCAUCGGAGCGCAGCGGUCCGGUUUCGGAGCGCAGCAGUCGCGUGACGGAUCGCAGCAGUUUCGUCAGCCGCAGCACUGUAGCGUCGGGUCGGAGCAGCGUGACCUCGAGGCGCAGCAGCGCGACCUCGAGGCGCAGCAGCCAGAAGACGAAGUCCAUAGGUAGUCCGGCUGAGAGCGUGGUGUCUUCUAGGAGGAGCGUGAAGUCGGCGCAAAGCGCUGGGGAAUCUCAGAGGAGCGUCAAGAGCGCAGGCGACAAAUCGCCGGAUCAGCACAGCAAUAAAUCGGGGAGACGCAGCGUUAAAUUACCCCAAGAGGUGUAA